CGGGGUGUAAGCUUGCAGCAGGAAGGCUUCCUCAUGGCUCGUUACGUUUGUAAGCGGAUUUGAUCGUGUCAGCUGCAGUUUGUGAAGUGUCAAGCCAUGGGUCUGUCAUUAAGGAGCUGGAUAGCCAACGAGGGCGGGAAACACUGUAUAUUAAUCACUUGGCUUAGUGUUAGCGCUUGGAUCUUUUGGAGGACAUUCAUACUGUACUGCAGCGGAGCGGAGUACCACUACCUACACAAGAUGCUGGGGCUGGGACUGUGCAUUAGUCGAGCCUCAGCCACCGUUCUCAACCUCAACUGCAGCCUGGUACUACUGCCCAUGUGCAGAUCUAUCUUGACUGUACUUAGAGGAACCCGUCAGGUUUCAAGUAAAAAAGCACGCAGGUUGUUGGACAAGAGUAAGACCUUUCAUGUGACUUGUGGAGUGGCUAUAUGUGUCUUCUCAGUGGUUCAUGUGGGUGCCCACCUGGUGAACGUUGUCAGCUUUUCUGUCAGGUACUCAGAUGAGUUCCCCGCCCUCAAUGUAGCACAUUACCGGGGACAGGAUCCUCAUCUUCUCAUCCUGACCACAGUUCCUGGGAUAACAGGUGUCUUGUUGGUUCUGGUAUUAUUCCUGAUGUUUACAGCUUCGUCUCAUAGUGUAAGGGUUGGUAACUAUGAGAUUUUCUGGUACACUCAUAACCUUUUCAUCCUCUUCUAUGUUGUGCUCUUGAUGCAUGUGGUCGGAGGGGCUCUGAAAUACCAGACAAAUGUUGAUGCCCAUCCACCUGGCUGCAUACCUGCCAAUCAGACGAGGGCACAUUCAGAUACAUGGCCCAAUCAGGAGGUAGAUGGAGAACUGGUGGCUGAGUCAAGGGAAAUGUCACUUGUUUGUAAAGAAGAUGCCCAUUUUCAACCUCAUUUCCCCCAGACAUGGCUAUGGGUCUUGGGCCCUCUAUGUCUCUACUGUGGAGAGAGACUGUACCGCUACAUCAGGUGCAAUGCAUCCGUCACCAUAGUUUCGGUUGUCAGGCACCCCUGUGAUGUCAUAGAGGUGCGCAUGCUGAAGAACUCUUUUAAGGCCCGCCCAGGUCAGUAUGUCUUGCUGAACUGCCCGAGUGUGUCAUCAUUUGAGAAUCAUGCUUUCACUCUUACUUCAUGUCCAACUGAGAACAAAGAAACAUUUGGCAUUCAUGUUCGAGUAGUUGGGGACUGGACUGCCUGUUUUUCUGAGCUGCUACUUCCUGACUUGGAGCAUUCUGAGAUCCUUCCUAUGACAAAUCAGCGGAGAUACCCCAAGCUGUAUGUGGAUGGUCCGUUUGGCAGUCCAUCAGAGGAAGUUUUCAAUUAUGAAGUCAGUGUGUGUGUGGCUGGCGGCAUCGGAGUUACGCCUUUCGCCUGUAUCAUGCAUGCUCUCCUUGAUGAGUGGCGUCGUUAUAAACUGCAGAGGUUGUAUUUUGUGUGGGUGUGCAGAGAGCUGAACUCUUUUUACUGGUUUGCUGAAUUGCUCUGUGGCCUACAUCGCAAGCUUUGGGAGCAAAAUCGUCCAGACUACCUGAACAUUCGACUUUACCUCACAACAGCCCAAGAGCUGCAGAACCUCACAGAUGAAAAGUACCGCCCCCUACAUUCUAGACUCUUAAUUGGCCGACCCAAAUUGAAGCUCCUUUUUGAGGAGAUAGGAAGAUCCAAUCAGCACAAAAAAGUAGGUGUGUUCUGCUGUGCGCCUAAAGGCGUUUCCAGAGAGCUCCACAAACUCUGCAACUCAUUCUCUGCUUCAGGAACGGUCUUCGAGUACAACAAGGAAUCAUUCAGCUGAGCGUGGUCUGGUACGAGGUGCUGGCCUCCUCCUCACUGCUACUCAGCAGGGGCUGUCUCUCCCCGUGGCC